GCUGGCAGGAGGAACCACACUAAUUAGUCUAUCUCCCUCCACCCCCAGCUGUGCCUCGGUGCCUUGGGUUUCCUACAGGGUGAGUGCCCCAGAAGGAACACAGAAAGCUGGGCUGCCGCUUCAUCACGGCUUUCUCGGAAAACGGGGGCGCUGAGAAGCCCAACUUCCAGCUAUAUAUGUGUCGCCACCACCCACGGGGCCCCCGACGGCGAUGCUGGUGACAGCGCUCCCUGCGUGGGCGCCACUCUCCCCGUGCGCCCGCGCCUGCAGCCAGGCACGACGGUGUGGGUGCGCCCGCCCGGGGCAGAGGAGCUGCAGGGCUCGCGGCAGGCGGCGCUGUGCAAGCAGCGACGUCGCAGCCCGAGGGAGUGGAGGCUGUGAACGCGCGUGGGCGCGCCUCCCGGGACACGGCGCUGGCUCUGCGGCGCUACCUGCUGAGCACUCCCUACUCAAUGGUGACGCCGUCGCUGCCGCCCGGCGACCGGCACGAGGAGUUUGCAGUGGUAACGGGCGCUGGGCCCACGCUCUUGAGGCGCCUCACGCCCCCUGAGCCUGUUCUGCUGGACUGCGUAGACCACCCUGCCCGCUGGCCCCAUCUAUUGAGCCUUGAAGGCUUCCAGAGGCGCUGCAGUUGCAGAGAGCAGACCUAUCCGGCACCCGCGUCGUGGCCGCCCAUCCUGUCACGCCGCUGGCUGGCCUUAGUUGUCUGCAAGCGAGAAGCAAGGCCUGUGGCCACGCGUUCGGACAACCGCCGCCCCAGGAUCGCUGGAGUGGUCUCCACACCGUGCCCCACUUUGCCCCAGAGCGUCCCGGGCGCCGAGACUGCGUGUUCCUGGAGGCUAGUGGCCCGGGUAUCCUGUGCUUCUGGUGCUGCGACGCCGAUGGGGCGUGCGUGGGCUCUGCGCCCUGGCACGGUGCCGCGCUCUGUGGUGGACCAGUGCACCCUCUGGCUUUGCGCUCUUCGGCUGGCGUGGAGGUGUUUUUCCAACCCCCGCCGAGGCCGCCGCGGCUUGCGGGGUUUGACACCUACGAUCCCUCCUUCGCGCUUAUGCCCUGGUGGGCGCGUUCAGCUGCAGCUUCGCAAGCAUGGCUCAGCCAAACUUUUCCAACGUGGAAUUUGCACCUGCCCCGGUUCUCCUGGACUGCCGGCCACUACCCGGCCUGCACUGGCGCCCAGUCCCUGCUGA